GAUCAUUAGUCUGGCUGGAUCUAAAAUAACGUUCCUAAACAGGUCAACUGUGUAGUCUGUGAAAUAACGCUGUAGUGUACACUAUCUAGUGCUUCAUGUGCAGGAAGUGGUUUGGGACACAGCCUGUGGUCUCUCUCAGCCUCUGUGCCGCAGAUAAAAUAAAUAACCCCAAGGCCGCGGCGAUGCUGCACUCGGAGUCGGAGCCGCGGCUGUACCGCUUCUCCCGCCUGCUCUGUGGAGUUUUUACACAUUUACUCUGCGCCGCUUUCACCGUGUUUGUGGCGAUUCUCGCGAAACCCGGCUCCAGUUUGUUUUCUUGGCAUCCUUUUCUGAUGACUUUAGCGUUCUCGUUUUUCAUGACCGAGGCGAUUCUGCUCUUCUCUCCACACUCCUCCCCAGUGGGGAAGUUAAAGCACCAGGUGAAAUCCCGCCUGCACUGGCUCCUGCAGUGUUCCUGUGUGUCCUGCGCUCUGGUGGGACUGGGAACCAUCUUCUACAACAAGCAUGUGAACGGGAAGCCGCAUUUCUCCACAUGGCACGCGCUGCUGGGGCUGGUCACCGUGUGCGUGGUGGUGCUGCAGUCGGUGGCGGCGCUACCGCUCAUGUACCACAAACUGGCAAAAGGCUGGUCUCUGGCCAAGCUGAAGCGUUACCACGCCGCUGCAGGACUCGUCACCUACCUGCUUGGCUGCGUGAGUCUGCUGCUGGGGGUCAGCUCCACCUGGUUCACCUCCAGUGUCGGGGGCAACGCCUGGUACAUCACCGCCCUAUGCCCUGCCCUGUCCGCCCUCACCAUCAUGAGCCAAGUGACUAACGCCUACAUGGCCAAGAAACGCCUGCAGUCCUAAAGUGGACAGGACAUAAGUAGACUUCCACGUUGCCAGUGAUCAUUUACCAUGUCACCAGUCACGUGACAGGAUGACCUUUCUGUACACAAGCUCAAACACAACAAAUUUACACGUCUCAGCUGAUGGGUUCAUCUCCGGGAUGAAGGAGACACCAGAGAGAAGAAGAUCAGGACUCCACCAGAGGCAGCAGAAAGAAUCACAACAUCCUAUCGUUUUUACAGUCUGGGGUUUGGUCAGACGUCACAGGCUGAAAUGACCACGUCAUGUAGAUUCUAACAAAUCAGCAGAAAAGUGGGAGUGGGCGGGGCUAAUGGUAUUAAAGGAAGAGUCUCACACACACCUCCACUGUGUAGAGAGAGAAAGUGUGCAGAGAAGAGUGUUUUAAUCCUGCGCUUUGGGUGUGUGUGAGAGAGUGUGCACGAUGCUUUCUCGUGUACUUAUCUGGGUCUGUUUUUCCAAAAUAUAAAGACAGGUGAUGUUUGGGUCAGUGCAAUACCAGAUUUUUCAGAACCAGCAGAGUUCUAGGGUUAGGGUCAGCAGUACCGGUCUCUCACUUAUGAUUGUAAUCAUUAUCACACUGUUUCCACUUUUAUAUACCUGCAGAAAAAUCACCCAAUAUGCACCACUGCGUUUUCCCCCCAUGCUGCGACUGAGGCGAUUGUAAACGUAUAGUGAAGGAGAAAAGAAGAAAAACUAAAUAAAGGAGAGAGUU